AUAAUGGUUUGAGUUUGAACUAGAAAGCGACAGAUCAGGGAAGAAACCCUGUACCUGUACGACAGGCCAAAAGAGAGUUCCAUAAUCCAUACCAGUCACCGCAAGACACUCAACAAAACGGCGCCGUUUUGGGAGACCCAAAGGGAUGAUAUAGCCAUAGAGCCAUAGAGGCAGGCACCUCCGCUCCGUAGAAGAAAGUUGCUGCGGUCUCCUUCCUCCUUCAUUCUCUCUUUCGCUGUGAUUUGAAUCACAGCCGUUGAAUGGCAUCACACGGGAUGGAUGAUGUCGUUCUCGACGAUAUAAUCCGACGGCUCUUGGAAGUCCGAUCGGCCAGGCCCGGCAAGCAGGUUCAGCUCUCUGAGAACGAGAUCAAGCAACUCUGCGUUGCAUCCAGGGAAAUUUUUCUUCAGCAAUCCAAUCUUCUCGAACUCGAAGCCCCUAUCAAGAUUUGUGGUGAUAUUCAUGGGCAAUACAGUGACUUGUUAAGGCUUUUUGAAUACGGGGGGUUUCCUCCUCACACCAAUUAUCUAUUUUUAGGGGACUAUGUGGAUCGUGGCAAGCAAAGCUUGGAAACAAUAUGCCUUUUGCUCGCCUUUAAGAUUAAAUAUCCAGAGAACUUCUUUCUUUUAAGAGGAAAUCAUGAAUGUGCUUCUAUUAAUCGGAUAUAUGGAUUUUAUGAUGAAUGUAAGCGCCGGUUUAACGUGAGACUUUGGAAGGUUUUUACUGAUUGUUUUAACUGCCUUCCAGUGGCAGCUCUUAUAGAUGAUAAAAUAUUGUGCAUGCAUGGUGGCCUUUCCCCUGAUCUGGCAAACUUGGAUCAAAUCAGAAAUUUAACACGUCCAACUGCUAUUCCUGACAGUGGUUUGCUUUGUGAUCUACUCUGGUCAGAUCCAGGUAGAGAUGUUAAAGGAUGGGGGAUGAAUGACAGAGGUGUCUCAUUUACCUUUGGGCCUGAUAAAGUGUCAGAAUUCUUGACAAAACAUGAUUUAGACCUUGUUUGUCGUGCCCAUCAGGUUGUGGAGGAUGGAUAUGAAUUCUUUGCCGAUAGGCAACUUGUUACCGUAUUCUCAGCUCCCAACUACUGUGGUGAAUUUGAUAAUGCUGGUGCAAUGAUGAUUGUAGAUGAAGACUUGAUGUGCUCUUUCCAAAUUCUUAAGCCAGCAGAGAAGAAACCUAAGAUUUUGAUGUCCACAAAAAUGUGAUGGCUGCUAUACAAAUCCUCCCUAGAUUUACCAAGAAAUCUUUCACAAAAUGGCUGAAAUGAAAGUGCUAGAUACCAGCUUCAGAACUUAUUCUAAACUUCAGGAGAUGCAAGCACCAUGCUUCAUUCUAUAAAUUAUGACCCAUCCACCGGGUGAUUGGAAAGGAACUCAACAUAUCAGUUAUGGGGACAAAUGCUGUGUGGAGUAGCAUAGGCCAGAAGUUUUCUCAUCCUCUUUUACCUUUUCCUGCACUACCAAAAUUGCAGUGCCUGUGUACAUAUAUUUGGUCUGGAAACUCAAUAGUAAGUUCAGUUCUUUUCUGUGGCGCCAGAAAUGGCAUCGUUCAGACCCUGAAGAAGCCUCCUGUUGUGCAUGGUGCAUGGUGGGUGGGUCUUCUUCCAGUGAUGAAGCUGUUUGUAUUUGAUUGGAUCACGUAUUCUGAUGUUCAAGAGGUAAUGGAAAUCACAACUGGUGGGGUGUUUGUUGUAUUUUAAAACUUUAGUGUUAUGGUGACGGGCAGCCACAAUUCUGGAGAGUGGAUUAAGAUUAUUUCUAAUUCUGCUGGUGCACUAUUCAUUUUAAGUUGAAAGAAAUUGGAGUCCUUGGAGACAUAUUCAAGGCAAUUGAA